AUGGAUGGUCCCAAUCAGACAGCUACAGAAUUUCUCCUCCUGGGAUUCUCUGGAAAGUCAGAGCAGGAAGAGGUUGUCUUUGGAAUGUUCUUGGGCAUGUACAUGGUCACCGUCUCUGGGAACCUUCUCAUCAUCCUGGUCAUCAGCUGGGACCCUCAUCUCCACACACCUAUGUACUUCUUCUUGGCCAACCUCUCCAGUGUUGACAUCUGCUUUUCCUCAGUCACUGUCCCCAAGGCUCUGGUGAACCACAUGUUGGGAAGCAAGACCAUCUCUUACACAGAGUGUAUGACCCAGAUGUACUUCUUGUUCAUAUUUGGCAAUAUGGAUGGCUUUCUCCUGAGUGUGAUGGCCUAUGACCGCUAUGUGGCCAUCUGUCACCCUCUCCACUACACCAUGAUGAUGAGGCCCAGACUCUGUGUCCUCCUGGUGGCCAUAUCAUGGGCCAUCACAAACCUGCAUGCUCUAUUACACAUUUUCCUCAUGGUUCGACUCACCUUCUGUUCCUACAAUGUCGUGCAUCACUUCUUCUGUGACCCCUAUCUUAUCCUGAAGCUCUCUUGUUCCGACACCUUUAUCAAUGAUGUUGCAGCCUUCACUGAGGGUCCCUUGAUAUUCCUGACACCAUUUGUAUGCAUCGUUGUUUCUUAUGCCUACAUCUACGCUAAGGUCUUGAAGAUGCCCUCUGCCCAUGGGAUAAGGAAAGCCCUGUCCACAUGUGGGUCUCACCUCACUGUGGUCUGCCUCUUCUAUGGGGCAAUCCUGGGAGUUUAUAUGCAUCCUUCUUCCUCCUACACACCACAGGAUGCAGUGGCCUCUGUCAUCUUCACUGUGGUGACACCCAUGGUCAACCCUUUCAUCUACAGCAUGAGGAAUCGUGACAUCAAAGGAGCCUUAAGAAAGAUAAUCCUCAGAUCCUAG